AACUUUCCUACCUCUUUGCUUUCAUCCAUUUAUAGCAAUCCCCACAUUUUCUCAGCAAAAAAUCUGGCUGCUUGGAUUUACUUUCUUCGUUGCGUAAUCCUCUUCUUGCGCUAAUCAGGAAGUCCAUUAUUUAGGCGUCAAUAGGUAAGUUGCAGGAGUUUCUCAUUUUAUCUAGAAACCAAACAGAAGACGGUUAAGUCUUUUGUUUUUCAAUUUUAUUUGGUUACUUACUGCUGAACUCCUAAACAUGGAUCGACAUUAAUGAGAGGCUCACACUUUUCACUCGUUGGCUUUUUGCUUCACUCUCUCUAAUCUCUGCCUUUUCCCUUGGGAAAAAUAGAGUCUGGGUCCCUAAAUUUGGGACAACGUGAUUAUGUCAUGGUACUGGUCUUCUCCAUGGGCUGUUGUAGUUUCUUGCUGAAGGUUUAUAUUUUCUACAGGAACUAAUGUGGUAAAUGCAUUUGUCUAGCCUUACAGGGCAUCUGUGGGCUGUUGAGUGAAAAUGAGUCGUGUUGUUGCGGACUCGAAUGGGUUUGUUGGGGACUGGGCGUAGGCGGUGAGCUAGCUGUUCAAUUUCCCAGAAAGCGGUGAGAAAUUAAUGUUUACUUUACGGCCACCGCAGUCCAAUGAGGGCGUGUUGAGCAUUCCGGCUGACAUUUUAGAGACUCCCAAGGAGUACAUUUUCUACAUGGGCGUGCCUGGACUAUCCAGGUCUGAUAUUCAGGUGACGGUCGAAGAUGAGAACACUCUUGUGAUCCGUAGUGGUGGUAAGAGAAAACGUGAAGAUGAUGAGGAAGGCUGCAAGUACCUCAGGCUUGAGAGGAGGGUACCCCAAAAGCUCUUGAGGAAGUUCCGCUUGCCCGAAAAUGCGAAUGUGUCGGCUAUCACAGCCAAAUGCAAGAAUGGGGUUUUAACUGUGGUGGUUGAGAAGCUUCCUCUGCCAAACAAGCCCAAAACUGUGGAAGUUACUGUUUCCUAAAGGGUAUUUGCCCCGGGGGG